AAAUACACACGCACACACUAUGCAGUGUACGGUGUGAAUAUUAAGACAGUUCAAUACAGCAAAUUCAAUUCUGAGUGUGUUAUUAAGAGUGAAAGAGAAAGGCAGAGAGAGACUCCUCUACUAACACUACCUGGAGAGAGGGAGGGGCCUGCCCUGUCAGCAGUGUCAGGGCAGAGAGCGAGAGGAGAGAGAGAGAGGCUUAGCAGUCUCAGAUCUUUGCUGUGGUGAGAACACCCAGGAGAGCUGCAUUCCUGAAACAGCCAGCGAACGAGUGAGGGAGACAGAUAGAAACCGAGAGGGAGAGGAAAGAUAGAAACAGAGGAGUACCGACAGACAGAUCUGUUUAAUCUCCAGCCACCUCGUCUGACUCUGACCCCCGCUGGACUUUACCUCCCCUGAAACACUCACUCCCUCCCUCGUUCGCUGGGACUACACUUCCUGAUCCCACGCUCCAGAGCUCGGAGGAGCGAGUGGAAUCUACCUGAGAGAGAAAAAGCUAGAAAGAGAGCGAGAGCUGAGAAGGAAGACAUUUCCACACCUGAGAGGAGUCAGUAGCACCAUGCAAUGCUGAACUGAGCCAAACCGAGCCAAGCCAAGCGGAUCUGAACUGAAGUCCUUGUCGCAUCUCGUAGCGUCUCAGAUGGAGCUGAAGGUGUGGGUGGAUGGAGUGGUGCGCGUGGUCUGUGGCCUAUCAGAGGAGACUUCCUGCCAGGAUGUGGUCAUCGCACUGGCUCAGGCCAUUGGUCAGACGGGUCGCUACGUGCUAAUCCAGAGACUGAGGGACUCAGAGAGGCAACUGUUAGCCAAUGAGAAGCCCCUGGAGUCCCUGGCCAAGCUGGGCCAGCACAGCAACGAUGUCCAGUUCUUCCUGCGCCGCACCGGCCCCAGUAGCAGUGAUGGACCAGGGUCUGGCUCUGGCUCUGGCUCCAGCCAGGACCGGAUCACCCCUCUUCCCCUGCCCAAACACCCCGACCCAGAGCCCCUCAAACACAACCAGCCCAAGAAGUCCCUCACCUUCAACCUGGGGCCCUCCACCUCCCCCAGAACCAAAGCCAAGCAGCUCAUCAGAAAGUCUCCCCGCGACUCCCCCGAACAGAGGGCCUCACCCAGCCCCAUCCCUCCCCACCAUGCUCCAUCCCCACACUCCCACUCCCCUUCUCCCUCCCCCCACUCUCCCUCUCCCUCCCCUCCAGUGGGUCCGUCCAAAGAGGAGGUUUUCCGGCAGGUUCUUCAGCAGCAGGAGAGGCUGAGGGCCAUUGAGGCCCAGCUGGAAGCCAUGGAGAGAGACUCUCGGUCCUGGAACAGGGCCUCCCCGGCCCCCUCCGCUGUUCCAGAGGCACGUCUCCCGGAGGAGAUGGAAGCUCUGGAGCAGGCAGCCAGGAGGAACCAGGCCGAGUUGGCCCACGAGACGUUCUGGGAGGAAGAGCUGCAGGCGGAGGUGGAGAGAGAGAGGGGGAUGAGGAGGAGGCUGGGGGAGCUCCAUUCCAAGAUGGACGACUGCGGCCGGCGACUCCACGACUUCUCGUCUCGCUCCGCCCAGCUUGAGCAGCAGAUCCAACGGGAGAGCCUAGGGGGCGUCGCCCAGCCAGGGAGGGCCAAUCAGGCAGGAAGUGAGGAGUCCCUAGGGGCUAUGAGGGCGGAGCUACAGAGCCAGGGGAGGCACAGCGAGGAGCUGGAGGGGGCGUUAUCAGAGACGGACAAGGCUCUGGGGAAGGCCGAAUCACUGCUGCAGGAGAAACAGGAGGAGUUGGAGGAGCUGAACAAGGAGUUGAGGCAGUGUAACCUGCAGCAGUUCAUCCAGCAGGCGGGAGUCCUGCCGACACACACACACUCACGCACAGACCUCAGCGACCAGCUAGAACUAGCUCACCUGCUACAGGAAGGAUACAGGAAUGGAGACCUGGGCCUGCUCCCCUCAGAGUCGCCUCCCCGCCCCACAGCCAAGCAGUUCCUGGGACACCCCCGCAACCUGCAGAACCCGCUGGUGUCCAGCCUCAACCCCGAGGUCGUGACAUCCAGAGAAUCAUCAUGGAGAUAAAACAAGGGACAGCAGGGCCAAGGAGUUGUUCACUGUUCAGUUAAAGGGAUAGUUCACCCAAAUUACAAUAUUACAGGAAACAGUGCCAGGAACACUAAUCCAAAGCAUGGAUUGUUGUCAUGCAUUGUCUAUACUGCUUACAGGGUAAGGAAACCAAUAUGUAAUUUUGUGAUUUGGGUGAACUAUCCCUUUAAUGUCACCACCACAUAUUAUAUUUAACCCCUGUUUGUCUUUAUAACUACUGUCUGUCAUUAUUAUUAUCCAGAUUACCACAUAUGCUACAGUGGAGGCUGCUGAGGUGAGGACGGUUCAUAAUAAUGGCUGGAAUGGAGUCAAUGGAAUGGCAUCAAACAUAUGGUUUCCACAUGGUUGAUACCAUUCCAUUUACUCUGUUCCAGACAUUAUUAUGAGCCGUCCUCCCCAGCAGCCUUCACUGAUAUACUAUAUACAUACUGUAUAUACUACAUAAAUAUAUUUACAGCAUUUGGCUACUGUAUACCGUAUGAAGUACGAUACAUAGUACCUAUGUAUGAAAUGUAAAAUAAUUUAGGAAACCUUUUACCUAGAGAAUUAUUACUUUUUCUGUGUAUUUAAAUAUAAUAAAAGAUGAGGCAUUAUGUUUUAGAUAA